AUGACAAGCCCCAAGGAGCACCACAUGGUAGCAGCACAAGCUGAUUGUGGUUUUCAUAGAGCCUUGAGCGAACCACAGUAUGAGAGUUCCUCGGACAAUACCUCCCUGAAAGCCGUUGCUGCUUCAUUCAGCGUCCCGAUGUUCUCGUCCCACAGCAUAUGGCCUCAAUUCACCCUGUUCGAGAAGCUUCCGAUGGAGCUUCAGCACAUGAUAUGGUGGUUUGCCCUGCCUGGUCCACGAGCAGUCCAUUUCAAGAUCUCCGGCACCAGAGGUCACGGCUUCGCAAUCGCUUCUGAGCUCGCCAUCGCGAAAGUGAAGGUCACUACAAGCAUCCCAGGAGUGCUUCAUGCAGUCCGAGAUUCUCGUGCAAUUGCCCUGAAGCACUACCAACUCGCCUUCGAAGACCAUCCCAGAGUCCAAACUAUGUUUUUCAAUUACGAUCACGACUAUCUCCACAUCAGCCCCCUACUUCUGGAGGCUCUAUUCGCUGGCGCUGCCAUGGAAGCGGUGCGAGAGCAGACUUUGACUAAGAUCCGGAAUUUGAUCAUUGGCCCUUAUUGUCAACUUCAUCACCAUGAGCUAGAUGUGCUUCAAGUCAAGUUCUUUCGCUCUCUCAAGCACGUCAUCCUGCCACACAGAUACCCAUUGGGAGAUCUUCGCAGAUUUCGAAAGGAGAAUGCAGGUAUUCAAUAUUUCAAGCAUGCCCGUUGUACCAAGAAUGUCAACUUGCGUGGCAUGGAUGUUGAGUACAAGACCAUGGUACAGAUCAGAGAACUGUCGCGAGCCAUGAGAAGAGGCAAUUAGUUUCUGUGAUGGAUGGCAAGGUUAAAAGCCCGCAAGCGUUGAAUUGUGUUCUUGCAAAAAC